AUGAAUAGAAUCUUUGGAACUUCUAAAAGCAAGACACCUGCUCCGUCACUAGAUGAUGCAAUUAAGCGACUAGACGACAAGGCUGGAUCUCUUGAUGUCAAAUUGAAUAAAUUGAAUAUGGAGUUGAGCUCGAUACAGAGUAAAUUGCGAAAUAUGAGAGAAGGACCAGCAAAGUCAACGUUGAAGCAAAAAGCGAUGAAGCUUUUAAGACAAAGAAAACAAAUCGAGUCACAAAAAGAUCAAUUGGAGAGCCAAAGCUGGAACAUGACGCAGGCAUCGAUGACAACAGAUAAUUUGCAAAACACAAUGGUGACAAUUAAUGCCAUGAAGACUGCAAACAAGGAGCUUAAAAAAACAUAUGGCAAGAUUAGUAUUGAUGAAAUUGAAAACUUACAAGAUGAAAUGAUUGACUUGAUUGAAAAGGGAAACGAAUUACAAGAAUCUCUCUCUACAAGCUAUGAUGUUCCAGAAGAUAUAAGUGAAUCGGAGUUAGAUGCCGAAUUGGAGGCACUAGGAGAAGAAAUGGAUUUCGAAAACGAAAUGGCUGAGAGUGGCAUUGGUGCACCAAGCUACUUGAAUGAUACCUCGGCUCCGGCAAACAAGCUUCCAACAUUCAUUGAUGAAGAACCCGAGGCAGAGAAAGUAGCUAAUUGA